GGAGUAUCUGCUACCAAACUAAUGCUAGCAACCAUUAAUUAUUAAAAAUAAUUUCAUUAAAUCAAUUUAAAUGCAUAUUUUUUCACGGAUGCAGAUUUUCGGUGAGGUUGCGGAGGGGCUGGACACACUCAUGCGGAUUAAUGAUGCGUUCUGCGAUGAGAAAGGUCGACCUUUUAAGAUCAUCAGGAUCAGGCGCACUCACGGCGAAGAUGUUCGGCUCGAGGAAGACUGGAAGCCGUUGGAUGAGACAAAAACCGGGGAGGAGAUCGAAGAGAUGAUCAGGAAGAAAGAAGCGCACUCACGUGCUGUGGUGCUGGAGAUGAUCGGCGACAUCCCAGAUGCGGAAAUGAAGCCCCCAGAGAAUGUGCUCUUUGUCUGCAAGCUUAACCCAGUUACACAGGAGGAUGACUUGGAAAUCAUUUUUUCACGCUUCGGGAAAGUGACAUCGGAUGCCACCUGUAUCCAGAUUGUGAACAUCCUCUGCAUCCAGAUGCAGUAUGUAUCAUCUGUGCCUACGGGCGCUAUAGCGAAUGUGAACUUAACUGUGAUGGUGAACGCCCCACGAUCGUCAUGGCCUGCAACCGGCAUGUCCUCUGCUGUGCAUGCUUCAGAGGUAUGGUUGAUGCUAGCCUUCCGGGCUCCUGCUGUGACGAAGUUGCUUACCUGAAUGGUUUUCGUCCUAUAGAUCAGCGGGAGGGCUGCUACCAUCACCCACAUCCUUAUGAUAGUUGUCCUAUCUGUCGUGAGGGUCUUACUUAGACGGACCUUGCACCCUGACAAAAAUGUGCAGGUGCACUGAAAAGAGUGUACAAGAAUGUGCAAAGAUGGGAAACCCUUCACGUGUGGAGACACUAAAACUGCAAAACAGUGAAGAAUGCAGUAAAGUGUCAUUUUACUU